AUGGCGGCGCCACUGAUCCCAAAGAACAUCUACAUCGUCGGAGCCCACUCUACUGGAAAAACUACUCUCAUUGAGGCGCUGAAGGUGCAUUUGACCCUCGGCCUCGUCAGACAAAUCUUCGGUCCCACCGUCGAUCGCCCUAACUACCUCGCGGAGGUUGUCAGAAUGGUCAUGUAUAUGUACGACUAUAACGCGAACGAUAUCCGCGACCCGGUGAAAGGCUACAUGUUGCAACUGCGCACCCUCUUGAACCAGUGGGGUAUGGAGUCCAUCUUCAACAAUCAUUGGAUGAUCUCUGACAGAUCCGGCAUCGACCCUAUCGUCUACGCUCAUGUCUUCCUCGGCGGCGACGAAUCCAGCAGACUGCUCGAGACGCCUGCAUGGAGAGUCCUUCGCGACAGAAUGAGACAAGGUCUGGUAAUUCUUUGCGAGCCCUGCAACGCGACCUGGCUUUCCAGCGACCCGGUCAGAGUUGCUCUCCACAAAGACGAAUGGUACAUCCUCACCCUCGCAUUCAGAGUUAUGCUUCGGGAGCAAGGUAUAAACUUUGUGACUAUCCCGGCGAACAUGGAGGACAUGGGAGAUCGUGUUCAGUUUGUGGAAGGGCUCAUCAGAUCUGGAAUUUGA